AUGGGUAAUAUUCGUCAGGCAAAGAAGAACCGCUCCUCGGCGCCCAAGCAAAGGAUGAAGCGCAAGGGCGUGCUUAAGAGCGGAAAGAAGAAGAUCAAUGUGCUGGGUAACGCCAUCAUCGCGGAAAACUGGGACCGCAAGGCGACACUUACACAAAACUACCGUCGGCUGGGCCUGAUGCACCGCCUAAACGCACCAUCAGGAGGAUCCGAGAAGCGCAAAACCGAGAAUGGCCUGGAGGAAGUUGCGAGCUCGCUUCACAUCAAGGGUAGCGUCGAUGCAAUGAAGGACUCCGCCAUCAGCGAAACAUUGGUGGAACGGGAUCCCAAGACCGGCAAAAUUAUUCGAGUGAUCCGAAAAGACGACGAACAGGUUGAGAUCGCGGGGCGCAAAGUCCGUAGCUCGAACCCGCUCAAUGACCCGCUAAACGACCUAUCCGAUAAUGAGCCCGAAAUCAAACCGCAAGUGAAGAAAGCUGCAAACCAGAUCGUUCAACAACUUGAGAUCCAGGCCGAUAACGUAGCACCAAAGAAGCCCCGGCAUCAGAGCAAGCGGGAGGAGGAAUGGAUCACAAGGCUGAUUGAGAAACACGGUGACAACUAUGCCGCUAUGGCGCGGGACAGGAAGUUAAACCCGAUGCAGCAGACUGAGGGUGACUUGCGACGGAGGAUCAACAAGUGGAAGAUAUACACUACAAUACCCUCCCAAUAUGAAGUGUGCUUCUUGAUUCUGGCACUUUGGACAUAA